AUGGCCGGGCGUGACCAUCUCCCGCGCGAGAGCAUAGAUAGCUCUGUUCAACAGAUGUCAGAUUUGGUGCCAGUCGAUGGCCCGUCAUUCCGCCGCACACCCGGUCAACAAUCGACGAAUACGAAUGUUUUCUCUGACGAUUUUUCCAUCGACUCCGUAGAGUCACCUCUCUUCGCUAACCACCGACGUUCCAUCUCCAUCUCCUCCACCAAUUCUUCAUCGACGAUAGGACCGCGUCGGCCUGGUGGAUCUGCCACUGUGUCCGAUUACAACAUGCAACUGAUGCUCCUUGAACAGCAGAACAAACGACGCAUUGUCAUGGCUCGUCAACAGCAGGAAGAUACAACAGAGAACCUGCAGCGAUCGACAAGUCGACACUCGCUUGCCCGGUCUCAUGUCUCAACAACAGACGACGAAAUAGUCGCGGAUCCAUUUGCUGACCAGCCAACGUCGUCACAGAAUGAUCCCGCUCGUCGAUCGAGUAUUCGAAAAGACAUCCAAGCAUUAAACCGUCAAUCCACUAUUUCAACAACAUCCACAAGAUCAGGCUUUCAGGCUGCUCCUAGAGCUAUGAGUCCGUAUCAAGGCGCAACCGGCCCCAGUCAUCCAUACGGGAUGUAUCCGCAGAUUGGCGUAAGUCGAUCAGCAAGCGUUGCCACGACAUCGACAAUACGGCCAGAUGGCCCAUUCCGAGGUCGAGCUGCUCCAUCCCAUCCGUAUGGCAUGUAUUCUCAGAAUGUUGAUUACGAGGAAGAUCUUGGGGACCGACCUAUUCCAAUGGGGUUUCCUGCCGAUGAAAUGCAGAAUCGACAAGAAUCGACACCAGCAGAUGAAGUUGGAGAUAUAGUCGGACCUGAUGGACAUUUGGAGCAACUGCCUCCAUAUUCUCGCUACCCCGACGGCAUAGUCAGGCCGACAACAGGACGAGGUCCUGCCAGUAUCGCAAGUGCAAUGCGAGAGCCUCAGGAAAGUUCUCACGAUGAAUCCCUCUUGCGUUCUGAUGCGUCCUCUAGAACAUUGAUUAACGUGGACUCAUCGGAACCGCUCGUUCCGUUAUCUGAACGAAAUAGUCGGUUGAUGCCAUUUGACGAGAAGUUAGGUCGAAGAGGGCAACGAAAGUGCUGUGGUGCCCCAAUCUGGCUCCUGGCACUGCUUGGAUUGGGGAUGCUGAUUGGCGCUUUAAUUGGCGGGGUUAUUGGGGGCGUUUUGGGUAGGAGAGCUGCUGAGAAUCAUGCACGAAAAAACGCCGCAGACAAGCCGAAUCCAUCCUCACACACCCCAACAGUCGUGACCAUUACCGAAACUACCGAUGUGUCGCCAUUUUCAGGAACCCCGACGAAUAUUGCGGCUCUUCCUACUGGUAAAUACCAAGUCCCUUGGAUGAUAAAGAACACGUCCAAGUUCUGUAUCGGUGCUAGCAGUUACAAGGAUGUCAAAGCCUGGAGCUGUCAGAUUUUUACCCCUCUCGCUAUUGAAGUCCUGGGCACUAUUGAACGGAGCAAUGUCACGCUUGACCAACCAUCGUCCAAUGGUUCUCAUCUUAGCUACGGUGCUCAACUACCUUACGACGUCAACCCACCUCAGCAAGGUCUUCAGAUGAUAAGAGACAAGGAGGACCUUGAACUCGGACCAGCGCUGUUUUUCACCACCGCAUUCAACAAGCUUGUUGUUGUUGAGGAGCAGCAAAUUACAAUGUCAAAACGCUCCAUAGAUGAGAGUAUUGUGAACAAUGGAUGGAACCAACAAACAAAUGAAGCUACUCCAGGCGCAAAACCAUGGUAUUGCUGGUGGAAUCAAACACAACUCGAGGUCUUUAUCUAUAUCAAUGAGACGCAGGCAGGGUCCAAUCCUGUCACGACAUCUUCGACUACCUCAGCACCACCACCGACGGCAACGGCGGGCGUGGGAGCAAAUGGGGCUCCUCAAAACACAGCAACAGCGGGUCCGCACAAACGAGAUUUGGAAAGCCGUGGGAGUGUUAUUAUUGGGAACUAUCCAAGAAAGGUCAAGGUCAAGGAAAACCGUGUCAUUUCGACCGCGCCACAGGCGUACUGUCAACAAAUGCAGGUUAAUCCAGACAGUUCAAUUACUCCUAUCGCCAACAACAUCGUCCAAAUCAAUGAGGUCAAGCCGGGCACGGGCAGUACUAAAAGGGACAUGAUCUACGAGCGGGACAAUUACAGCGGCCCGUGUUAUUGCGAGUGGUUGACCAUUUAA